AUGCCUGUUCGGUUACCCUAUCUUCUCAUUGUUCUUAUCACAUUAUCAAUUGUAACAAAAUCAAUUGAAAUUAGAUGUUAUGCUGGACUGAAAUACGUUGUCGGACAAGAAGUUAUUCAAGACACAGAAAAUUGUGAUGCUAUUCUCGGAAUGGGAGAGUCAUACUGUUACAAGUUUAUGGAGGAGACAUCAUUAAACGAAGUCGUAAAAAUGGGGUGUUCUAGUUUUUUCUGUAAUGGUAUAAGAAAUAGAUGUAUGGAGACUGAUCUUCUCGGAAUGAAAGGAAAAUUGUGUUGCUGUAACGAUCGCCACUAUUGCAAUUCCGAAUCACUUCAUUUUUCAAUUUUCUUCGUGUUUCUUCUAGUGACCCUUCUGCUCUGAAAAUCAUUUUUCAUGAAAUUAUCGAACAUCGGGUGUGAUAAAUGUUGCUUUAAUUUAA